UAAUUAAGGUUCAGUUUUUGAAAACAAUAAUACUUGGUACAUGCGAAUAAUUCUGGAGAAUAUUGCGCAAGCAAACCAUGGUUAAGGCAAGACAAACAUGUCACCCCUUUCAUCAUCAUCAUCAUCAACUCCUAUUUUAAAGCCUUGCUAUAUUGUCUUUUUCGGUGUAAUCAUCAUCAGACUUUAUUUGAUUUUCUUAAUUUCUUUCAUAAUAAGAUUCACAGCUUCAACAAGAAAUGUCAUCUUUGUGAGUUUGGCUAGGCCAAGUCUUCUUUUCAAACCUUUGCCUCCUUUCUUCAUCUUUUCCUUUCAUUCUUCAUUCAUUCAUUUUCUAUGUGGCUUUUUUAGUCCUUGAUAAUACCCUCAUCUUAAUCACCCUAGUUCACUAGAUUGGUUUGCCUUUACCCUUAAUCUCUCAGAACCCACUUCUGCUAGAGAAUCUUUCAAUAGGACUUCUACACAUAUAGGCUUCUCUUUUUCCCUUUUGUUGUUGUAGUUUGCCAUAUAUCUAAGAUUUUCUGAAAAAAAACUCCCAUGUUUCCAUAAGUGGUGAAGACAAAUAUUACUAUGGGGACUAACAGGCAGGAGCAUGAAAUUUCAGGAGGAUCCGAGGUAACAUAUCAGGAGAUGGUAGAAAAUGAAGUCAAGGACACUCAGAAAGGUCCAACACGCAAAUUAAUAACUGAGAGCUGCAAAUCAAACAGCAUGGUUAUAAAGAAACGACAUACGUUGAUUCCUCCUCACAUCAUAGCUGAAGCCAUAUCAACUAUCCCUGAUCUUGACAUUAGAUGGUCAGGUCCAAUCACACCAAAAGAAAUGGAAUAUGUUGAACAAUAUGUUCUAGCAAAGUAUCCAGAAUAUUCAGGCCUCAUGGAAGGAGAAGGAAAUGGGAUAAACUUGUCUAGCUUUAUGAUCUUUGAGGAGCCUAAUUCAGAACCAAUGAUGGAUGAUAGGGGCAAGUCACCAAGAGAGUCUUCUACAUAUUUGUUUGGAAGCAAUAAUCUCCCUGAAAUGGAUAGGGCCAAAAUCCAGUUAGAGCCAUCAAGAUUACUAGACAUUCUCAACAAGAAAUCCUCAUUCCCUGGAAGUUUCAUCUCUAUCCCAGAAAUCCAAGCACGCAACAAGGUUUUGAAGCAUUAUGGUUUGCCUGAUGAAGAGUACCUUGUUCUCUUCACUCCAAGCUACAAGGAUGCUAUGAUGUUGGUGGGAGAAAGUUACCCUUUUGUCAAGGGGAACUAUUACAUGACCAUUCUUGACCAGGAAGAAGACUAUAUAAGGGAAUUUGCUUCUUUUAAGGAGUCCAAGGUGAUCUCAGCACCAAAGACUUGGCUGGAUUUGAGGAUCAGCGGGUCUCAGCUUAGCCAAAACUUCAGGAGGAGGUGUAAGAUCAGCUCAAAAGGCUUGUUCUCUUAUCCGGUCGAUGCAAAUGGAACAAUGCAUUGGAUUUCUGAGGCUCAUAGGAACAAUUGGCAUGUUCUACUUGAUGCUUCUGCCUUGGAAGUGGGAAAGGACCGGCUGCAUCUUCUGGCACUUCACCGGCCGGACUUUGUGAUCUGUAGUCUUGACAACCCUCAUUCCAAUCCUUCAAGAGUCACCUGCCUCUUAGUGAGAAAGAAAUCCUUUGAGGUCUCAGCUACUUCAUCUCAGGCAGUUGAAUGAGUGAGAUAAGGAGUACUGCUUGCUUAUGAUUUUAGAGCAAUUAGCAAAUUGGACAAAAUUUCCAUGCAGAUCCUUAGGUGUUUUUUCUCCUAUCAGAAUUGGAAUUUCCCCUAGGUAGCUUAUGUCAAUCUUUAAUGUAAACUUUUAUUAUGCAAACUACUGAGGUGAACUUCCAAUUCUGAUUGGAGAACACUAUCAUAAGCACUUAAUAAACUGCAUCUGAGUUUUGUCCUUAAGAAAUUUGAUAUCAUGGACUCUAAGAAGCCAUGAAUUUUCCUGGCGUACUUUGUAGAUUGAAUAAAUUAACACAUGCAUAUACAAGACCACUUAUUACUGGUUGGAACACA